CAGCCGCCGCCCCGGCAGGGAAGAAACCUAAGGAAUCUCGGCUGCCCAGCGACCCUUCCUCACUUUUGGAAAUGGCGGGUGAAAUCACAGAGACCGGGGAGCUCUAUUCUCCCUACGUGGGACUGGUGUACAUGUUUAACCUCAUCGUGGGCACAGGUGCACUCACCAUGCCCAAGGCCUUUGCCACCGCGGGGUGGCUGGUCAGCCUGGUCCUGCUGGUGUUCCUGGGCUUCAUGAGCUUUGUGACGACUACCUUCGUGGUAGAGGCCAUGGCGGCGGCCAACGCUCAGCUCCACUGGAAGAGGAUGGAAAACCACCAGGAGGAGGAAGAUGACGACUCCUCCACGGCCUCUGACAGUGAUGUCCUUGUCCAGGACAACUACGAGCGGGCAGAGAAACGGCCCAUCCUGUCAGUGCAGAGACGUGGAUCUCUGAACCUUUUUGAAAUCACAGACCGGGUGGAAAUGGGACAGAUGGCCUCCAUGUUCUUCAAUAAAGUGGGGGUCAACUUGUUCUAUUUCUGCAUCAUCAUUUACCUGUAUGGGGAUUUAGCCAUCUACGCUGCCGCCGUGCCCUUCUCCCUCAUGCAGGUGACCUGCAGUGCCACCGGCAACGAGUCCUGUGGUGUGGAGGCCGACAGCAAGCACAAUGACACGGACCCGUGCUGGGGGCCCCUGCGCCGCGUGGACGCCUACCGCAUCUACUUGGCUGUCUUCACUCUCCUCCUCGGACCCUUCACCUUCUUUGACGUCCAGAAGACCAAGUACCUGCAGAUCCUGACCUCCCUGAUGAGAUGGGUUGCCUUCGCCAUCAUGAUCGUGCUGGCGCUGGUCCGCAUCGGGCACGGGCACCGGCAGGGGCACCCGCCCCUGGCUGACCUCGCGGGCGUCCGGAACCUGUUCGGCGUGUGCGUCUACUCCUUCAUGUGCCAGCACUCUCUGCCGUCCCUCGUCACGCCUGUGUCCUCCAAGCGCCACCUCACGUGCCUGGUCUUCCUGGACUACGUGCUCAUCCUCGCCUUCUAUGGCCUCCUCUGCUUCACCGCCAUCUUCUGCUUCCGCGGCGACAGCCUCAUGGACAUGUACACCCUCAACUUUGCACGCUGCGACGUCGUGAGCGUGGCCGCCGUGCGCUUCUUCCUGGGCCUCUUUCCCGUCUUCACCAUCAGCACCAACUUCCCCAUCAUCGCCGUGACCCUCCGCAACAACUGGAAGACGCUCUUCCACCGUGAGGGGGGCACGUACCCCUGGGUAGUGGACCGCGUGGUGUUCCCCACCAUCACCCUGCUGCCCCCGGUGCUGGUGGCCUUCUGCACCCAUGACCUGGAGUCCCUGGUGGGCAUCACGGGGGCCUACGCGGGCACGGGCAUCCAGUACGUCAUCCCCGCCUUCCUGGUGUACCACUGCCGCAAGGACACCCAGGUGACCUUGGGCUACGGGACCGUCAACAAGCAUAGGUCCCCUUUCCGCCACACCUUCUGGGUGGGCUUUGUGCUGCUCUGGGCUUUCUCCUGUUUCUUCUUCGUCACCGCCAACAUCGUCCUCAGCGAGACCAAGGUCUGAUGGCAGGAUGUGCCUGGUGGUAAGAGACCACUCCAGCGCCCCCGCUCACCUCCCCCCCUGCAGAGCCAAGAGCUAGCUCCUUCCCAGGGUUCCUUGGGGCAGGCGAGGCCAGAUUCUUGGAGGGGACCCUCCACGUCU